GUGCUCUUCCGGUGGCUGGUGGUGGUGGAGCAGGAGGUUCAGGAGAUCAGUCGAGAGUCAUGGCCAAGUCCAAGAAUCACACCAACCACAAUCAGUCCAGCAAAUGGCACAGGACAGGGAUCAAAAAGCCCAAGUCUUAUCGAUUUGAACCCCUGAAAGGAGUUGAUCCCAAGUUCCUGAGGAAUAUGCAGUUUGCCAAGAAACACAACAAAAAAGGAGCAAGGAAGGAUGAAAGCAAAAAAUAAAAUGGCAAUUACCAAGAA